GUAACAAUUCUGUGUCCCUCAGUAACAAUUCUGUGUCCCUCCCUGAGUAACAAUUCUGUGUCCCUGAGUAACAAUUCUGUGUCCCUGAGUAACAAAUCUGUGUCCCUGAGUAACAAUUCUGUGUCCCUCAGUAACAAUUCUGUGUCCCUGAGUAACAAUUCUGUGUCCCUGAGUAACAAUUCUGUGUCCCUGAGUAACAAUUCUGUGUCCCUGAGUAACAAUUCUGUGUCCCUGAGUAACAAUUCUGUGUCCCUGAGUAACAAUUCUGUGUCCCUGAGUAACAAUUCUGUGUCCCUGAGUAACAAU